GUGUGGCAGUUCUUGACGAUGCCGGAAAACUUGCAAGGUACAGUCUUCCGCAAGAGCUUGCAGAAAAAUAUGGGGAGCAGAUCUUCGUCUUGCAAUCAAUUGCGCGCACAGCUGUCAGAGAUGUCGAUCCGCAGAACGACUUGACCUACUUCAGGAUUGAUACGAAAAGGUUCGAGAUUCUUGUUGCUCCCUUCUGGGGCGAAGUUCGUUAUGGCGUCACUGGGGCGACGAAAGAGAAGGGCUACACACUGUUUGUAUUACAAAGAAAACCAGGACAGACAUGAACGCAGUGAAGCAUGCGAAAAAACUCGAAUUAAUUGCAACUUUAGCAAAGACGGAUCAUUCAAUAAUGUUUACAACUCCU